CAGAGGGACGGAUAUAGCAUUCGUAAAUAGCCCCCCCUUCUUUGCGCCGCCGGCAGGUCCCGCUGGUACAGCGAGACUGCCUGUGGAGAGAGUUAUAAAAGGAGGUCGGUUAAUGCCGGCACGUUUGGGCGGCGGCGGGCGCCUCGUCGACGAGUCUCCCGCGUGCAAAUCGGCGUGUUGUGAGAACGACGCAUCAGCUUUUAUUACUGCCCAGGUGCGGGCACGCGAACGCACGUGCUCUCAGUUCAGUCGCGUUCCUGCAUCAGUGUAUAGUGCUAUAGCUUGAAAAGUGCGGGGUUUUUUCACGAGAACAUCGUGCGAGGCUUCGUCGCAGCAGCAGCACCACAGUUCCCGCAGUGCUUCUUCAGCCCGAAGAGGACGGCAGGCGUGUGCUAUACCUUCGCGGUUCCCGUCACUUCGCUCCGCUGGUCUACGAGGCAUUGUUGCGCGAGCAGCACAAGUGUUUCUAAUCGUACGUGUGCCCGCUUUUCUACGCUGUUUCUUUUUUUUUUUUUCUCAGUCACUGCUGUAAGCGUUGAUUCGUCGAUGCGCCGGCAGCUGCGACCUGCGCGACUGGCAUAAGGCACAUGUGCGUGAGCGACGUGACGGCUGCCUGCGAUAGCGGACGGUGCCGUGUAUUUGACGCGUGAGCGCACAGCGCAAUAUCCCCGUCGGAAACUUGCACGACUGCAAUAAUCGACUGACCGCUGGCACUCUUCCCAAGGUGAGAGAGUGGUGGGGGCCGGACAGGCAGACAAAGAGACGCGGGGCGGCAUGUUAUAACGCGUGUACGAACACGCGUCCCAGCUUGUUAUUUCCGAAAGGAAACAGGAGAGGUGGUCCAAGUAGAGGAAGACGUUGAAGAAGGACAGCGACAAUGUCGGCUCCCGGUUCCGCCGCUUCGAAACAGCUUCAGGGGCCGCCCGACAACCUGCUCUACGUGUUCGUUAUCAGCCGGCACGGCCAGCGGACUCCCAUCAUGCGCUGCCAGAACCUGCCGAACAAGGAACCCGUCGACUACGGCCAACUAACCGCGGAAGGUCGAGAGCAGACCUUCAAGCUGGGCCAGCUGCUGCGGGAGCGCUACAAGGCAUUUCUGGGGGCCUCGGACACGCCCGGUCAGGUGGUGGCCACGCACGUCGCCCUGGAUCGGUGUCGAGACAGCGUGAAGGAAACCGUGCGUGGCCUGGGUGUGCCCGGGGCUGCGACCAGCGCCGACCCGACGCGCUACGACGUGCCCUUUUUCGGUGGCGUGAACGACAACAUGGACAAAGCGCUUAAGGGGCCGGGUCGAGGCGACUUCAAGACGCUGGGAGACCUGGUCGCCUUCGUCGCCGACAAGACGGGGGCGCCGUGCCGGAACAACAGGGACAAGUUCCUUGUCAUGGACAGCCUGGUGACUCACGUGCUCAACGGCAACCCCGUGCCGGACUGGGCCAAGCCCGUGUGGGACGACUUGCUGUGGGCGGACCGGACGGUGUUCGCGCAGUUGCUCGUGGGUUACGAGCGGCCGUUCGCGGCUUACGUGCUGGGAAGGGUGCUGGACACCCUCACGGACAAAUUCGAGAAGCGCGUCGAGCGUCCCGAGAGGAUGCACGUGUUCUCCAUGUCCGACACGAGCGUGUUUUCGGUUCUCAAGCUUCUGGACGGAUCGCACGACGCUCGACCGUGCUUCUGCGCCAGCAUCCUGAUUGAGGUGUACAAGGACGGUCCCAGCGACCGCGUGCGAGUGCUGUAUCGCGCCCAAGAAGAGCCUUGUCUAGUUCCAAUGGACAAGACGGGGAACCCGUGUGAGCUGAGCAAGUUUCUGGAAUUUCUGCGCGACGUUCUAAAAACGCCUUAGCAGCAAAUUGGGCUGAGAAAGGACAGCGACAGCCACAAUGUGCGCGCCAGCGUUUUAGUCGAUGUAUGCCCGAAGAAAAGAACUACUGUGCCAUUUCUAAUCUUUUUAGCUGUGCCUGCGAUAUGUUUUGAGCUCAUUACGUUGUCAUGUUGAAACUCAAGUGCCUGUAAAAGUAAAACACGCGCAGUUGCUGCCAUCGUGUGCGGCAUCGAGCCAGCCACCAUGCUCCAUACGGCUAACUUGUCGCAGAGGGGUGCAGAUAAGUAAUUUUCGCGAUGUGGGAGGGG